AUGUCCAUUCCUCGUGCAAUUCGCAAGGUCUUCCUGGCCGUUGAACAAGCAGAAGGUGCCGGGGCUCGUGUCCGCCGCUCUAUCGGGACUCCCCAGCUACGAAAUUUCUCUCCAUUUUUGAUGCUUGACCAUUUCCGUAUCUCCCCGGGGGCGGGCUUCCCCGACCACCCUCACAGAGGCCAGGAAACCAUCACCUACCUGCUCCAUGGCGGAGUCGACCACGAGGAUUUUGCCGGCAACAAGGGCACCAUUGAGACGGGCGACCUGCAAUUCAUGACAGCGGGUCGAGGCAUAAUGCAUGCCGAGAUGCCCAAACAGAACCCGGAUGGCAGCGCCAAUGUUGGCCUCCAGCUUUGGGUUGACCUGCCCAAGCAUCUGAAGUCCUGCGAGCCGCGCUACCGCGACCUGCGCGCCAAAGAAAUUCCCUCCGUCGACGUCGAUGAUGGUAAGGUCCACAUCAAGAUCAUCUCCGGCCAGAGUCACGGCGUCGACUCGGUGCGCGAUCUCGCCUACACGCCGGUCUGGAUUCUGGACAUCAACAUCAAGCCUGGUGGCAAAGUCGCACAGCCUCUGCCCAAGGGUUGGAAUGCCUUCGCGUACACGCUCGACGGACAGAGCAUUUUCGGAACAGGAGCUCAGAAGCGUGUGGUCGACCAGUUCCACAAUGUCGUGUUUGAGCUAGACGGGGAAGUGAUCAAUGUUGAGGUUGAUGCGAGCGCAGAGAAGAACGCUCGCCUUGUGCUCAUCGCUGGAACACCCCUUGAUCAGGAGGUUGUUCAGUACGGACCAUUUGUCCUCAGCUCUAAGGCCGAGGUUUACCAGGCCUUGAUGGACUAUCAGACUCAUUCCAAUGGUUUCGAGCGAGCCGAGGGCUGGCAGAGUGAGAUUGGGAAGUCAAUGAUACAGUAA